UCAUAAUAUUGAUUAAAAAAUUGCAGCAAUAAAAAAUAUUAAACUUUCAUAAAAUUAUUAAUUAAAUUUGAGCUUAUAUUAGACAUGGAGUUCUUUGCAAAUCCUUUCCAAGGGCUAAUUGUAGCCGACACAAGACCAGGUCAACCAACCAAAAUAAUUCGUGACUAUGUAAAUCUUAAAGGUAAUGUCGCAAAAUCAUACGACUGUUUUCAGCAACGCGAUUACGUGCAGCUUCCCGGUAGAUUGAUACAAUCUUCUAAGAUUGGUAGAGAAGCAUUUGAAUUUAUGAGCCCUGAAAAGUCUGCUUCACCGUCCGUUCAAAUGACUUCAAAUGUUGAACGUGAUCCUAAAGCCGGACUGAGACAAGCAAGAGUUAGAGUAGACUCCUUUAAUGAUCGGUCACCAUCGGUAGUAGAUUCGGAUGACAGUAUCUCAUUGAGUACACUUCAAUCAUCCAACGUGUCCAUGGAAGUAGACCAAGUUCAGAAAGGUCCAUCGGUGAUGGCUUCGAAUGAUUCACAGUCAGUAGCAACAAGUAACACUAAUUUCAAAUCUUCCGAAGCCGAUGCUCUUUCUUCUGCACCUUCCUCCUUCUAUAACGUCAAUCUUGAUGAUAAUGAAAGUGUCGUCAGUAGCGAUCAUAAUGAUAGAAGCAACGCGAUGUCUGAUCCUUCUGCUGUUGAUAAAAAAACAGUCGCGACAAGCUUUGAAAAAACUAGUGCCGGGUCUCCAUUUUCAGAUAACAGUAAGAAAAAUUAUCGAAAAUAUAUGCCUAAUCAUUAAAUUUCAAAUUAAAAGGGGGGGGGGGAGUAUAUAUAAUAUAAUAUAAUAUAAUACAAUAUAUAACAAUUAUAACAAUUGAAUGAUUAAACAUUAAACAUUUUUUUU